AUGGCCAAUAUCACCCUGGCUUGGAUGAUGGAUCAGAUGGCCUCGGUUGGCGUGGAAUUCCACGCGCCGUCUGCUCUGCGCAUGAUCUCACAGCAAAUUCAGCAGUACGAAGCCAAGGCCGCCCAGCUCGCUGCCGCGGCUGGCAGGAGCACCCGCAAGCCGCCACCGCCGUGGGCCGUCGACGCCAUCUUCCGUGCCAACGCGCCCGUGCGGCCGUGGGCCCUCGGCGCGCUGCAGAAGCCGCCGAGCGUCGUCGACUGGAUCACCGGGCGCACGUCGCGCACGCCCGGUCAGUACCGGCAGGCUGACCCGCGUACCGGCGACGACCGCCGUGGCGCCUUCCUGCGCGACACCAACGAGCGCGUCCACAGCUCUGCGCGCGUGCGCCUCGCCUGCCGCGGCCUCGGGCUCAACGACCAGGGCGGCGUCGCCUGGGCCGCGCCCACGCUGACGCGCCGCUGGCGUCUGCGGCGCACCACGGCGCGGUACGAGGAUCCGGUGCCGCGCGAUCCGCUCUGGGACCCAGCGGAGGCCAGUGCCAGCGAGGUAGGGAGGAAGCCGAAUGAGGAGCAAGGGGAGCGCUGGAUCUGGGAGUACGUGGGCCCGGAGGAGGAGGCGCCGACGGAGAAGAGGCAGCGGAUCAUGGUGGAGGAGCCUCUUGGGCCGUACGAGCGCUUCUUGCUGAACCAGGUCGGUGGGAAGCCAAACGUAUAUGCUUUUGCCGAGGGCGGUGCGGUAAGUGGCCAGUUGUCGGGGAGUGUCAACGGACUCGAGCAGGACUCGGAGGCGGAGACGGAGACGGGGACUCCAGUGCAAAAUACAAGAUCUCCCAAGUAA